AUGACAGACUCUCCUACCCGGAACAUGAUCCGGAUCCGUCUCAUCAUUAUGGCUUUCUCCAUAUUGGGCCUGGUGUUAGCUAGUCUAAACUCGGCUAUUACCAGAUUCGCUAUCGUUCUGCGAGACCGAGCGAAAUUGAGCAUCACAGAACCCGACAGUGCCAUUCUUGCCCACUCAUUCCAACAACUCAUGGAAAUGAUUCUCGGAGACGUACUCGUUGCCGCCCUCGCUUCGGUCCUCUCUGUCAGGCUUGUGCUUUUGGUUUACCCGAGACUGCUACGUGGCCUCGAGUUUGACUAUCUGAAAACCAUCAAGGAGAUAUCAAGAAAUCAAGAAAUCACGGCGUUCGUCGAAAAGGCUCAAUCGUCGCUUGAGUCCCAAGGAUAUUUCGAGGAUGUGGACUGCUAUGAGAGAUCUCUCCUUCAUUACGCAGGCAUGAGAAACUGUCUAAAUCUCCUUCUAUUCCUUCUACAAAGCAACCCAAAUAUUGAUUCUCGUGACCAUUGGGGACGCACACCUUUGUCCUGGGCCGCUGAGUACGGCUCGUUGCGGUUACGAAAGUCUUACAGAAUCGAGGUGCAGAUGUUAAUGCAAUGGAUUAUGAAGGAAUAG